AUGGAUUUCAUGUCCACCUCGAACUCUUCAUUCUCGGCUCAACGUCUCGCCCUCGGAAUUGUUCACCAAAAUGCAUCCAAUACCCAACUAGCCGUCCUAUCUGCAUCGCUCUCAGCCAUAGCAUUCCUUCUCUACCACUUUAGGGAGUGGGUAUUCCCUUCCCGCCUCGUCGACAAACACGGCUACUCCAUACCUCCAGGCCCAAUCGGGUUGCCCAUCCUAGGAUCCUUCCCAUUCCUCACGCACUACCCCGAGUUAACGCUCGACUACUGGGCGAAGAAGUUCGGACCGCUCUACUCCUUCUGGCUGGGAAAUCAGCUCUUCGUCAUCAUCUCUGACCCACAGAUCGUCAAAGAUCUCAUCGUGACAAAUGGGGCUAUCUUCUCAUCCAGAAAGAAUAUGUUCAUCAAGUCGCAGACUAUCUUUGAGGGGAGGGGCAUCACCGAUACCCCAUACAAUGAAUGUUGGAGAAAACACCGUAGGAUUGCCUCAGCUUUCCUGGUACAGAGAGCGGUAGACGGCUACAAUCAUACCUUGGAUUUCGAGGCGACCGAGUUACUGAAGGAGCUGUAUCGCCACGGUCAGGCCGGGGCAGCGCCGAUCAACCCUCAACCCCAUGCUGGUCGAUGCUCGCUCAACAAUAUGAUGUCCAUCGUAUACGGGGAUCGUACGGACUCGAUAAACCACCCCUUAGUGGCACAUGCCCUCAAGCUCUCGCGCGAAUUUAUGAACUGCACGGGCCCUGUCUCGAACCUCGUCGACUUCAUCCCCCUUCUCCAAAAGCUGCCCAACCGCAUGACCUCGCGAGGAAAGAAGCUCCACCGCGCCCUCGUCGAGACCUACGGUGGCAUGGCCCUCGAGUUCGAAGAACGCAUGAAAUCGGGCGAGCGAGUCCCCGAGUGCUUCGCCAAAGCGAUUCUGGAGGCGAGGGAGGAAGAGAAGCUGGAUCACAAGGAUAUAUCGAUCCUGUGUUCGGCGUUCAUGGUUGGGGGCGUUGAGACGACCGGAUCGAUCAUACAGUGGUUCUCCGCCCUGAUACCUACAUACCCCGAAAUACAGGCGAAGGCUCACGAAGAGUUGGACCGCGUCGUAGGCAGGGAUCGAUUGCCCACUCUCGAAGACGAGAAGAAUUUGCCCUACAUCCACGCUAUCAUAAAGGAAAUCGAGCGGGUGCAUAACCCAUUCUGGCUGGGGGCUCCCCACUUCAGUAUGCAAGACUUCACGUACCGGGGGCAGUUUAUUCCCAAAGACUCCGUCGUCAUCAUCAACUCAUACACGAUGCAUCACGACCCCAGCCGGCACACAGAUCACCACAUCUUCAACCCGGAGCGCUACAUCAAAGACUCGACCCUCUCAUCCGAGUCGGCAAACCUCGCAAACCCCUACGAACGCGACCACUGGAUGUUCGGCGCCGGCCGCCGCAUAUGCCCCGGAAUGUGGGUCGCAGAGCGCGAGAUUUUCCUCUGCAUCUCCCGCAUCCUCUGGGCCUUCCGCAUGCACGAGAUCCCCGGCGAGCCCAUCGACCUCAAAGAGUACGACGGCUUGUCCGGGCGCUCCCCUGUGCCGUUCAGGAUCAGGAUGGUUCCGAGGGAUGACCGCGUGAAGGACGUGCUGGGUCUCUGA